CCUCCGUCCCUCCGUCCCUCUGUCCCUCCACUGUCCCUGUACCAUGGGGCCUGCCUCAGGUCCCAGGCUGCUGCUGCUGCUGCUGCUGACCUGUCUCCCCCUGGCCCUUGGGGACCCUAUGUUCUCUCUGAUCACCCCUAACAUCCUGAGGCUAGAGAACGAGGAGACAGUGGUGCUAGAGGCCCACAAUUUGAAAAAAGACAUUUCUGUCACGGUUAUCGUAUACGACUUCCCAGCCAAGAAGCAGGUGCUGACCAGAGAGAACACCAUCCUGACCAGCGCCAAUGACUACCUGAACACUGUCAACAUCAAGAUCCCGGCCAGCAAAGAGUUAAAAGCACAGAAGAAGAAUUUUGUGAUUGUCCAUGCGUCCUUCGGUACCACUGUGGUGGAGAAGGAGGUGCUAGUCAGCCUUCAGAGCGGGUAUCUCUUCAUCCAGACAGACAAGACCAUCUAUACUCCAGGCUCCACAGUCCUCUAUCGGAUCUUCACCGUGGACAACAAGCUGCUGCCCGUGGGCCGAACAGUCAUUGUCAGCAUUGAGACGCCCGACGGCAUUCCCAUCAAGCGGGACCCCCUCUCUUCUCAAAACAAAAAUGGCAUCUUGCCCUUGUCUUGGAAUAUCCCGGAGCUGGUCAACAUGGGGCAAUGGAAGAUACGAGCCCACUAUGAAGAUUCGCCACAGCAGGUCUUCUCCACUGAGUUUGAGGUGAAGGAAUAUGUGCUGCCCAGUUUCGAGGUCCAAGUGGAGCCUGCAGAGAAAUUCUACUAUAUUGAUGACCCAAAUGGACUGGAGGUCACCAUUACAGCCAGGUUCUUGUAUGGGAAGAAUGUGGAUGGAACAGCCUUCGUCAUCUUUGGGGUCCAGGAUGGUGACCAGAGGAUUUCGCUGUCUCAGUCACUCACCCGUGUUUUGAUCCAGGAUGGCACUGGGGAAGCUGUGCUGAGCCGAAAGGUUCUGCUGGAUGGAGUGCAGCCCUCUGAAAAGGAGGCCCUAGUGGGAAAGUCAUUGUACGUGUCUGUCACCGUCAUCCUGCAGUCAGGCAGCGACAUGGUGGAAGCUGAGCGCAGCGGGAUUCCCAUUGUGACCUCCCCCUACCAGAUCCACUUCACCAAGACACCCAAGUACUUCAAACCUGCCAUGCCCUUUGACCUCAUGGUGUUUGUGACGAAUCCUGAUGGCUCCCCAGCCCGCCACGUCCCUGUGGUGACUCAGAACUCCGAAGUGCCCUCUCUGACACAGGAUGAUGGUGUGGCUAAGCUAAUCAUCAACACACCCAAGGAGUUGCAGCCCCUGCCCAUCACUGUACGCACAGUGAAGGAUGGCAUUCCGAGGGAACGACAGGCCACCAAUACAAUGCAGGCCCUACCCUACAGUACGAUGGGCAACUCCAAAAACUACCUGCACCUCUCCAUUUCCCACAAAGAACUCAAGCCAGGGGAUACGCUCAAUGUCAACUUUCACCUGCGAAUGGACCCCAACCAGCAGAACAAUAUCCGAUACUACACCUACCUGAUCAUGAACAAGGGCAAGCUGCUGAAGGUGGGACGGCAGGUGCGAGAAGUUGGCCAGGACCUGGUGGUGCUGCUUCUGCCCAUCACGAAAGACUUUAUUCCUUCCUUCCGCCUGGUGGCCUAUUACACGCUGAUCAACAAUGGCCGGUGGGAGGUGGUGGCCGAUUCUGUGUGGGUGGAUGUUAAGGACUCGUGUAUGGGCAAGCUGGUGGUGAAAAGUGCCCUAAAGGAGGAAAAGCAGCAGUAUAUACCAGGACAACAGCUAUCGCUCAAGAUCGAGGGUAACCAAGGGGCUCGAGUGGGGCUGGUGGCCGUGGACAAGGGCGUGUUUGUGCUGAAUAAGAAGAACAGGUUGACUCAGAGUAAGAUCUGGGACACAGUGGAGAAGGCAGACAUUGGCUGCACAGCAGGUAGUGGAAAGAACUAUGCGGGCGUCUUUACGGAUGCAGGGCUGGCCUUCCAGACCAACAAAGACCUGAAGACUGACCUGAGGUCAGAUUUGGCAUGCCCGAAACCAGCCGCUCGGCGACGCCGCUCGGCAGAGUCGCAGCUCACGGAGAAGAGGAUAGGCAAAGCCGGUGAAUACCAGAGCAAGGAACUGCGCAAGUGCUGCGAAGACGGCAUGCGGGAGAACCUCAUGCAGUACACGUGCCAGCGCCGGACACAGUUCAUCCUUCAUGACAAGGCCUGCAUAGAUGCCUUCCUGGACUGCUGCAACUACAUCACCCAGCUGCGGCUGGAGCACACCCGGGACAGCGACCUGGAGCUGGCCCGGAGUGACCUGGAUGAGGACCUUAUUCCGGAAGAAGACAUCGUUUCCCGAAGCCAGUUUCCUGAGAGCUGGCUGUGGACCAUUGAGGAGUUAAAGGAGCCAGAGAAAAAUGGAGUAUCCACGAAGAUUGUGAAGGUGUUUUUGAAAGACUCCAUCACCACCUGGGAGAUUAUGGCUGUGAGCUUGUCCAAUAAGGAAGGGAUCUGUGUGGCUGACCCCUAUGAGGUGAGAGUUAUGCAAGAUUUCUUCAUUGACCUGCGGCUGCCCUACUCUGUUGUGCGUAACGAGCAGGUGGAGAUCCGAGCCAUCCUCUACAACUACCGGGAAACAGAUAGGCUCAAGGUGAGAGUAGAAAUGAUCUACAAUCCGGCCUUCUGCAGCGUGGCCACUGCCAAGAAGCGUCACCAGCAGAUUGUAUACAUCCCUCCUAUGUCCUCGGUGGCUGUGCCUUAUGUCAUUGUGCCCCUGAAGAUUGGCCUGCAGGAGGUGGAGGUCAAGGCCACUGUCUAUGAGUUCUUCUUCAGCGACGGUGUAAAGAAGACUCUGAAGGUCGUGCCAGAAGGAAUCAGAGUGAAUAAAACUGUGGCCGUUCGCACACUUGAUCCAGAAAACCUGGGCCAAAACGGUGAGCAGCGCGAGGAGAUCGAGGCUGCAGACCUCAGUGACCAAGUCCCAGACACAGAGUCGGAAACCAGGAUCCUCCUGCAGGGGACCCCAGUGGCCCAGAUGGCAGAGGAUGCCAUUGAUGGGGAGCGGCUGAAGCACCUCAUUGUGACGCCCUCGGGCUGUGGAGAGCAGAACAUGAUUGGAGUGACGCCCACAGUCAUCGCGGUGCAUUACCUGGACCACACGGAGCAGUGGGAAAAGCUUGGCCUUGACAAGCGGCAGGAGGCCCUGGAGCUCAUCAAGAAGGGGUACACCCAGCAGCUGGCCUUCCGGCAAAACAACAAGGCCUUUGCAGCCUUCCUAAACCGGCCAUCAAGCACCUGGCUGACAGCCUACGUGGUCAAGGUCUUCUCCCUGGCUGCCAACCUUAUUGCCAUCGACUCUGAUGUCCUCUGUGGGGCUGUCAAGUGGCUGAUCCUGGAAAAGCAGAAGCCUGAUGGAGUCUUUCAGGAGGAUGGACCUGUGAUACACCAAGAAAUGAUUGGUGGCGUCAGGAAUGCUGAGGAGAAAGAUGUGGCCCUCACGGCCUUCGUUCUCAUCGCGCUGCAGGAGGCUAAAGAUAUUUGUGAGGAACAGGUCAACAGCCUGAGGGGCAGCAUCAAAAAGGCUGGAGACUUCCUUGAAGCCCACUACAGGAACUUGAAAAGAGCAUAUACUGUGGCCAUUGCUGGCUAUGCCCUGGCCCAGCUGGGCAAGCUGGAGGAGCCCCUCCUCAGCAAAUUUCUGAACACAGCCACAGAUAAGAACAGCUGGCAGGAGCCUGGCCAGAAGCUCUACAAUGUGGAGGCCACAUCCUAUGCCCUGUUGGCUCUGCUGCUGCUCAGAGACUUUGACUCUGUGCCUCCUGUCGUGCGCUGGCUCAACGAGCAGAGAUACUAUGGAGGUGGCUAUGGCUCCACCCAGGCCACUUUCAUGGUGUUCCAAGCCUUGGCCCAAUACCAGAGGGAUGUCCCUGACCACGAGGAACUGAAUCUGGAUGUGUCCCUUAACCUGCCCAGCCGCAGCGCUCCGGUGUUACACCGAAUCCAAUGGGACUCCGCUAGCCUCCUGCGGUCAGAAGAGACCAAGGAAAACGAGGAUUUCACAUUAACAGCUAAAGGGAAAGGACAAGGCACCUUGUCGGUGGUGACAAUGUAUCACGCCAAGGUAAAAGGCAAAGCCCAGUGCAAGAAAUUUGACCUCAGGGUUAACAUACGACCAGCCCCUGAAUCAGUCAAGAAGCCUCAGGACGCCAAGAGCACCAUGUACCUUGAAAUCUGUACCAGGUACCUGGGAGACGAGGAUGCCACUAUGUCCAUCCUGGACAUAUCCAUGAUGACUGGCUUUGCUCCCGACACUGCUGACCUCAAGAAGCUGGCCACUGGCACUGACAGAUACAUCUCUAAGUAUGAGUUGGAUGACAAGGCCUUCUCCAACAAGAACACUCUCAUCAUCUACCUGGACAAGAUCUCACACGCACAUGAUGACUGUCUAGUCUUCAAAAUUCACCAAUUCUUUAACGUGGGGCUUAUCCAGCCUGGGGCAGUCAAGGUGUACUCCUAUUACAACCUAGAUGAGUCAUGUACCCGGUUCUACCACCCGGAGAAGGAAGAAGGAAUGCUGAGCAAACUCUGCCACAAUGAAAUGUGCCGCUGUGCUGAGGAGAACUGCUUCAUGCACUUUUCGGAGGACAAGGUCACCUCAGAAGACCGGCUGGAUAAGGCCUGCGAGCCAGGAGUAGACUAUGUGUACAAGACCAGGCUGCACAAGAAGGAGCUGUCAGAUGAUUUUGAUGAGUACAUAAUGGUCAUCGAGGAGGUCAUCAAAUCAGGCACUGAUGAGGUGCAGGCUAAUCAGCAGCGCAGGUUCAUCAGUCACAUCAAGUGCAGAGCAGCCUUGAAGUUGCAGGAGGGGAAACACUACCUCAUGUGGGGCGUCUCCUCAGACCUGUGGGGAGAGAAAUCCAAAAUCAAGUAUAUCAUUGGGAAGGACACUUGGGUGGAGCUGUGGCCUGAAGACGAUGACUGCCAAGACGAGGUGAACGAGGCACUGUGCAAUGACCUGAAAAAAUUCAAAGAGAGCAUGGUCGUUUUUGGCUGUCCCAACUGACCCCCCAGCAUGGUCCCCCCAAUAAAGCUUCAUUUGUAUUUCA